AUGGCUUUACAUCAUGUCUGUGAGAAUCUGCUUCAAGCAAAGACCUUUUGCAACCAGGUUAAGAUCAAUUGGGAUGACUUAGUUUGUCCCAUUUGCUUAGACUCACCUCACAACGGUGUCCUUCUCCAAUGCUCAUCUUACGAUAACGGAUGUCGUGCAUUUGUUUGCAACACAGACCACCUCCACUCCAACUGUUUGGACCGUUUCAUAACCGCCUGUGGCACAGACCCACCUCCUCCACCUCCUGAUGAGCCUCCUCCUCAGUCAAAGGCCUUAGAAGAGAGCUGCAAACCCUUGUGUCCACUCUGUAGAGGAGAAGUCACUGGAUGGAUAGUUGUUGAAGAAGCUCGUCUCCGUCUCGACGAGAAACAACGUUGCUGUGAGGAAGAACGGUGUAGAUUCGUCGGUACUUACUCAGAGCUUCGCAAGCAUGCUCAGACAGAACAUCCGGACUCUCGUCCUUCCAAGAUUGAUCCUGCAAGGAAGCUUGACUGGGAGAAUUUCCAGCAGUCGUCUGAGAUCAUCGACGUGUUGAGCACAAUCCACUCGGAAGUUCCGAGAGGAGUUGUUUUAGGAGACUAUGUGAUAGAGUAUGGAGAUGAUGGUGACACAGGAGAUGAGUUUGAGGAUGUGCCUGGUAAUGAAGGAAACUGGUGGACCUCUUGUAUCUUGUUUAAAGUGUUUGAUAAUAUAAGGAAUGCGAGGAAUAGAAGAAGAGCAAGGAUGAGUGAGAGUAGGAGAGGUAGUCGCCGUUCUAGCUAUGAUAAUUCCAACUCUGAUGACAGCUCGGUGGCGUCGAUUGAGUUCCCGGAGUAUAGAGUAGAUGAGAUUGAUGAUGAGUUCAUCACAUCCACAAGUGGAGUUAACAGAAGUAGCUCUGUUCAUCAAAGGUAUCAAUGCUGUUUCUACAGUCUUGUGGUUUAUCUACUUGUCAGUAAGCUGGAGAUUGUAGUGAGGCAAAUGAAGCAGACCAGCAUAUUCGUAGGGCAAUGA